CUCUGGGCUCCACCUGUCGCAGGAAGCGCCUGCGUUCGCUUGGUGAGGAGGACGGCGAGGGCGUGAGAAGCUGCGCAUUCCGACCAAACCCAGAGGGCCGGCGGCGGCUCGCAGUCGGCCGAUGAACUCAGCCGAUACGCAGAGCCGGACGAAAAGGGGGAGGGGCUACAGAGGCUGUGUCAGCGAUGCCACAUUAUGGUGUCACAGCUGAUCCGACAGGCCGCCGCCCUCACGGACACGGCGGCACUGAAGGACGCCGCCUACGCCUCCUUCCUCUUCGAUAAGCUCCAGCGCCUUCAGCUUCCACGCCGCGGCCGCCAUGCUCCGGUCGACACCCACUGUGACGUCUGUGGCUCCGCCUUCCAGCAGCUGAGGCGUCUGGCUCUGCGUCGCGCCCUGGGCAUCAGUGUGGAAAUGACGCCGCGCCCGGCCGUGGCUCCGCCCCCGGGCUCCGGUGGCUGGACGAAGGACGAGCUGCUGCCGGCGAAGCAGCAGCGAUGGUCAUAUGAGGAAGAGGCGCGGGAGGGCGGAGCUCCGUGGGGCUGGGGCGGAGUCCAGAGCACCUACCUCGGAGGGGGUGGGGCCAAAGGCCUGGCCACGGUCACGCCUCUUCCCUUGGACGCACGCCAUUACCUGGAGGGGGUGUGGAGGGUGUCCUGCAGAAGUGACCACAGAGCGACUACGGGUCUGAGCUCAGACUACGUGACCAUGACGGCUUCGGCUCUGGACGUCCCGCUCAAACCACAAUCCCACAGCAUCGCCACCCAAACCAGCCAGAACCCGUCCGCCGCAGCCGCCUUCUUCAUCAGAAGACGUCUGCCUCGGGAACGGUCGGAGCUGUCAGAGCGAUGCCGAUGGAGCCAGGAUUCAGGACGGUUUCAGACGCUGAGCUCUGAUUGGUCAGAGCCGGACGACCGCGGUGAUGCAGCGUCACCGUCGGAUUCAACAGAAUGA